AACAUUUUUUUUUUUUUAAGUUUUGAUUCGUUUUUCCUUUUUUUGAAAUCUUUUUUUUUCGCCGGAGGAAGUGUCGACUUGCGUACAGUCAGUCCAUCGGCCGCUCUGUUGCGCCUCUCGGCCGUCGCUCGUCCCUUCGCUUCGCUCAGCCUCCCCGCCCCCCCCCCGUCCCCCCCCGUCCCCCCGUCCGUCCGCCCGCCCGCCAGCCAGCAUGUGUCACACAGGGGCUUCAGCGUUGCCUCUCGCGGGGUUAGCGUUGUGAUGCCUGGGACGUGUCCGCGACAUGUGUAAGGGGCGCGAUGGGCCAAGGCGACGAGAACGAUCGCAUCGUGAUCAACGUGGGAGGGAUCCGACACCAGACGUACCGCAGCACCCUUCGCACCCUGCCGGGCACCCGACUGGCAUGGCUCGCCGAGCCCGACGCCCACAGCCACUUCGACUACGACCCCAAGGUUGAUGAGUUCUUCUUCGACCGCCACCCGGGCGUCUUCGCGCACAUCCUCAACUACUACCGCACCGGGAAGCUGCACUGCCCCGCCGACGUGUGCGGGCCCCUGUACGAGGAGGAGCUCGCCUUCUGGGGCAUCGACGAGACGGACGUGGAGCCCUGCUGCUGGAUGACCUACCGGCAGCACCGCGAAGCCGAGGAGGCUCUGGACAGCUUCGGCGGCGGUGCCCCCGGCGACAUAGGCGCCGAGGAGGCGGACGGGGACGUGAUGGGGGACUCGGCGGACGGCGACGACGAGCUGGAGAUGACCAAGCGCCUCGCGCUCGGGGACUCUCCCGAUGCCAAAUCCGGGCUGUGGAGGCGCUGGCAGCCCAGGGUCUGGGCCCUUUUCGAAGACCCCUAUUCUUCUAAAUAUGCAAGGUGGGUGGCGUUUGCGUCUCUCUUCUUCAUUCUGGUGUCCAUCACUACCUUCUGCCUGGAGACGCACGAAGCCUUCAACCCCAUCACCAACCACACGGAAUUGAUAAAGGAGGACAACAUCACACGUGAGCAUGUGUAUCAGGAGACCGAGACUGUGGUGUACUUGACGUACAUCGAAGGAGUGUGCGUGGUAUGGUUCACUUUUGAGUUCCUCAUUCGCGUCACUUUUUGUCCAGACAAGCUGGAGUUUGUUCGCAAUGCCCUCAACAUCAUUGACUUUGUGGCCAUUCUGCCCUUCUACUUGGAGGUUGGGCUGAGCGGUUUGUCUUCCAAAGCAGCUAAGGACGUGCUGGGCUUCCUGCGGGUGGUCCGUUUCGUGAGGAUCCUGCGGAUCUUCAAGCUGACCCGCCAUUUUGUUGGACUGCGAGUGCUGGGCCACACGCUUCGAGCCAGUACCAAUGAGUUUCUGUUGCUCAUCAUCUUCCUGGCACUGGGAGUGCUGAUAUUUGCGACCAUGAUCUACUACGCUGAGCGGAUUGGUGCCAAGCCCAAUGACCCUCGAGCUAGCGAGCACACUCACUUCAAGAACAUUCCUAUUGGAUUCUGGUGGGCCGUCGUGACCAUGACAACACUUGGCUAUGGGGACAUGUAUCCCCAGACCUGGUCAGGCAUGUUGGUUGGGGCCCUGUGCGCCCUGGCUGGAGUACUGACCAUCGCCAUGCCUGUUCCUGUCAUUGUAAACAAUUUUGGGAUGUACUAUUCCUUGGCCAUGGCUAAGCAGAAGCUACCAAAGAAAAAGAACAAGCAUAUUCCCAGAGCUCCACAGCUUGGGUCCCCCAAUUUCUGUAAGUCAGGCGUAAACUCGCCUCAUCACAGCACACAGAGUGACACCUGCCCGCUGGCACAAGAAGAGAUUUUAGAAAGGAACAGAGCAGAUCCCAAAUUGAAUGGGGAGGCAGCUAAGGCAGCACUGGCCAACGAAGACUGCCCUCACAUAGACCAGGCCAUAUCGCCUGAGGACGGCCAGAUCUUUAGCCCAGGCGACCGGAACGAGCCGCCCUGCUUCUUGGUAUCCACGACUGAGCGGCCCGGCCACACAGGGGGAAGAGUGAGGAAGGCCUGUCCCUCCUUGGGACGGUCCCUGGGAGAGGCCCCGCCCCCACUCGCCCCUCAGGUGUACCCUCUGCUGCAACCAGGGUGGGUGCACUGCCAGGAAGACAGCUGUGCCAGGCUUAAACACUGAAGCCCCUCCCACACCAGAGUAAGACUCCACCCACCCGCACUGAAACCCCUCCCACACCACAAUGAAACUCCAGACAUCAGCAGGGAAGUCCCCCCCCCCCCUCCACAUUGUAGCACGACUGCUGGUCCUCAUCAUUGAAGCCCUUAAUAUAUACGAUUAAAGCGAGAUAAGGGGCUGGGACACAUUCCCACUGGGUCUAGUAGUUGAUCCCAGGAGCCCAGGAGUUACGUCCCAAGGGGGCUAUGCGUCCGAGUCGAGCUUUUUUCGGUAUCCAACGUCUCUGCUGCACAUCACAGUCUUUUGCAGUACAGUAGAGUCGUAGUCAGAGUGCUCUGCCCAUGUGUAGAAGCAAAAUAGUGGCCUUGGCAACCACUUAGCCCUCACACAGAAUUUCUGCCCACUAUGCAGAAGAGUUCUGGCCCCCCUCUCAGCUCCUUCUCACUGUGACCCCUUAUUCGUGCACCAGUGACCAAUUUUGCACAAUGAACGUAUCUGCCGUGGCCCUGUGGGACUCAGCAGAGGUUGGGACGUGACGUGGGACACGGGGCCUUUCCCUGGAUUGUCCGCCGCUCAUAACCAUGCACGUUCACUCACGUUGCCCUUUGUAGGACUCAACCCCAGGACAACGUGUCUCAGAAAGCACCGCUCAUCUCUAGUGGCCACUGACAUAACAUGGACAUUACCACAGGGAAGGUACACGGGUGACAUUCCAGAAGAGCUGCUGAAGUAUUAAACGUAGUACUUUAGACAGUCCUACUUGUCCAGUGAAAUGUCCCAGCCAACAGGCACGGUGACACACGCAGUUCCUUUUUCUUUGCAUCGAGCACGGUCUCGUCCGAGAGCCUUACCCCGUGACAAAAGCUGACGUCCACUUUUCCAGUCUGCCCCCUCCAAACCAUCAGCUGCGCACAGACUUAACAGCUUCUAGCUUGGAUAUCCCUAUGCAUCAUGGGACUCGUGCCCUUGCUGUGUCACUCCUGACGGUCUCGACUGACCACAUAUUCCUUUCCAAGCAAUCCUGUGUUUCCUCAGCCAAAAUCUGAUUAAUAGCGGAACGGUUCAGAAUUUACCUAUGCUCACUGAAACAGAAGACCGGACAAAGCGUAUACUAGUAGCAUAUCAAUGGCCCAGAUGUACUUGUUAUGAAACAAAUAUGUGUGUUCAAAUGAGGUGUGACACUAUUUUCUCUGUAUGUACGUAUGUAUUUAUGUAUGUAUGUGUGGAUGUAUGUAGGUAUGUAUGUAUGUAUCUAUGCGUGUAUUUAUAGAUGGAAGGAUGGAUGGAUGUAUUUGUCUUGGCUGACGUAGACAAUGUUCAAUCUUUGUUCGGUGUCUGCAUGUGUAUGAAUUUUUUGGGCCCAAUGCUGCAUGACAAGUACUGCUGACAGGAUCAGUAGCCCCUGGGAUGUUGGGCCAGAGAUGAAGCGGGCACACACUGAUGUGGGUGGUGGCCGGCCAGAGUGGCUUUGCUGUUUUGGACACCUUUCUUCUGCUCACCAUCUGGAAAAGCCUUAGUCUUCUCAAUAGUUCAUAUCACUAAGCCUGUAGAUCGAUUCAAAGUGUAUAAAUCUAGAGGAAGACGCUGGACGCAUAUCAGUAGUAAUAGGUGACUUCCAGCAACAGUGCUGCCUUCUUAUCCUGGUCCCCCAUCCCUAUGUCCUCACUGCAUGCUCUGCAGUUGUCACAUUGACAAUGCACAAAGGACCAUGGUGUUGAAUUGGCUACAAUGUGCGUCGGGCUGUAAUUUGGAGCGAGCAAAGAGGCACUGGAGUAAAACAAGGGUAUUCUCUCACUCCAGUACUCCUAUGACCUCAGACGAGCAACUCUGUAAAAAAAAAAAAAAAAAAAAAUCUGCCAAAAGAUGAUGGAAAGUCACACGGCCUGAACGGCGUUGCUGGCGACAACUUGCAGAGAGGCUGCUAUACAACGGCGCAGAAGGGUCUUCGAUGCCCGGGAUAACCCCGGGUCCCCUGUGUCCACACAGCACUGGUUCCAUCUGUCAUAUUUUUCCACCUUUUCUGGGGUAUUUGGGUCCUCUCCUUAGCCAUAAACCCCUUGCUCUAGACUAGGUGUCCGCUGGAUCUCGAUGAAUCCAGACACAGCCCUGCCACCGUAUGACUUUGAAACGGACAGAGCUGUCGUCUCAUUUCUGUUUUCAGCUCAGAGUCUCUUGUUUUAAGUCGUCUUUGAACAAGAUCCCCGUUAGUCUACACAGAUUUUCCUUAUGCCAGCUUCUUCUCUGUCCUGUCACCCUAAAUCCUUCUUUCCCUCCCUUUCCCACAAGCGCACAGCUACAAGCACACAAAAAUGGAUAAAUGAAAAAGUGCCACACCCAGACGUUUGCACGUUGUACUUUUGGAGCCGAGUUUGUGCCUAAACCUCUCCUGUCGUGAUUGCCCUCCAUGUGAUGUUUGCCAGCUACGUGGCAGUAGGUCCUGCUGCAAACGACUUUGUGACCAGUUCCCAAAAGGCAGCGCGGCCUCACACCCCCGUACCACUACCCUGCCCCCACCCCUGCCAUUACUCGUUUCUCUUUUGGAAUUUCUCUCUUCGUGUCUCUGUCCUCUCUUUCCACUCCUGUUUUUGCGUAUUUUUUUCAGUACACUGUGGUCUUUGCUCCUCACUUUUCCCCACUUGUCCUCAAUUGUCUUGAACAAAAAAAAAAAAAAUAACCCAUGGCUGGCAGAAGCUGAGCAACGCCCUGUAUUCUCUACCACAGAUCCCUGUAAAGAGGAACCCCUCCUCGUUACGUACAUGCAAGCGGAGGCUGUCACAGUGACCUGACUGGCGCCCCCUAUUGUCUAGAAUGCACUGUGCAGCCCCGCCAGGGACACUAGAGGACCCUGGGGUUGGACAGGCGCAGAAAUCGAAAGCAUGGGAGAGCACAAUAUGGCAAUCUUCUCAUUUCACGCAGAAGGACAAGGUGUCAGCAGCUUUAUUCUAGCCCAAGAGAACGUGAAAGCUGAGGAACAAAGUGGUGUUCAGAUGGGGACACUUUUGCUGAGAGACAACAGUAAGAGAACGUCAACCCGCAGUGACGGAAGAGGACAGCGGAGUUAUACUGACGGAUAAAGUGGAAAGAAUUAAACAAGUGAAGGUUGUCAAUAACCCCUGAUAAAACCAACAUUACUACCUAUAUUGUCAUAGGAGGAAAUAAGAUUACAGAACUCUGUUCGUUUAGCAUGAGCUGCAUGGUGACUUAUAAAAAACAAAAGUUGUAAUUGUACUGAAUAUAUGUAAGAAAAAAAUAUAUUUUCCUUUGAAAAUAUAUAUCCUUUGGAACCUCCUUACUUUUGCAGAAGUUUAAUGUAGCCACAAAGGAUGAGGAAAUACAGUGUCGAGCAUCUCUUCGAUAGUCAACUUUUUAGUCUUGCCUCUUAUUAUUCUUUUCAUUAGGCAACAUUUUUCAACAUGGCAGCUCCAAUCAUAUUAAUGACCCCUCUGGAGAAAUGGAGAGAGAAAAAAGCAUCCACCCGAGCAGUUGUUCUUUGGUAUUUGAAAAACUGAUUUAUUUAGACGUCAUGAGUACUUGUGACCCAUGAGCAGCAUGAACACACACCAGCCGGACAAUAUAACACCCCCAUUUGCAUUCUUUACCUAUAAGCUUUUGUAACCACUCGUGUAUAGAUCCCAUGGGAACUCUUCACUCUAGUGAGACCUUGUUUAUAUCAUACAUUAAAUAUGUACAUUCAACAGUAUUAUUUUUAAAAGAAAACAACUGACGAAAAGAAUAAAAAAGUAAAGGGGAGAACAAAGGAGUUUUACCUGUCUUUCUCUCUUGCUCAGAUUUCAAGUCAGACGACAGUGGAAAAAAAAAAAAAAAAAAUUGAGAGCAUUGUAUGCAAUUUAAUACUAUGAGCAAAGCAAAUGCAUGCACAAUGUUAUGCAAAAUUAGUAUAUUAAUAAGAGAAGUCCUAUUCGAAAGAGUUGAGCAUGAAAUAAAUUUUGUAUUAAACCUGCAUUGUGUCUUUUUUCAUGGAAUGUGCAAACAUGUUUUUUUUUCCUUUCUCCCCUCUGGUGGACACGGCUUCUCUUUGACUGCGCAGCUCUGCCAGCUGGGGUCAAAGAGCAGCUCCUUGAAGGGACUGAAAAAGAAAAAAGGCGCCUGAGGCCUGGGAGCCUGUGAUUGGCUGCGCGACAGCAUGGUGACGCGCUCAGCAUGGCGAUGACCUCACCCCAUCCGCCUAUUACAGAGCAUGGUCGCCCAUGAGGCUGAUCUGGCCACAUGCGUAGGUAGAGAAUGGGACCUCACACAUGCAUGAUAGUAGAUGGUGCUAACCCGACCGUAUGCGUAGGUACAAGAAUGCAACCUCACACACGCACGGUCGCCCGUGAGGCUAACCUGACGCCAUGCAUAGCUCACAUAUGCAUGGUCACCCACGAGGAUACCCUGACCGUAUGCGUAGACGAAGAGUGCGACUUGACCCGGACGAGGUCACCCUUGAGGUUAACCUGAUCCCAUGCAUAGGUAGGCAAAGCGAAUUCCCAAAUUCGUGGGAGAAGAAAACACUAACCUGAUCCCAUGCGCAGACAGAGAAAGCGCUCUCACACAUGCAUGGGAGCAGAAGACGCUAACCUGACUCCAUGCGCAGGUAGGAAAUGCAACCUCGCACAUGCAUGGGAGCACAUGGUAAAUUACAUGCUUACCAUGGGAAGCCAGUCGAGCACCUUUUCUGUACCCUAGAAACUCGUCUCGCCUUGCGCCCUCCUUUACCUGUCUUGCCGUUUCUGAGCGCCAUCCAUCAUUCCCAUCAUGCCCUUCUUCACUCUGGAUAAUAACACUGUUGUUUGUUGUUGUUGUUUUCUUCUUCAUGUGUCUUUAGAGAGCCAGCGACUGGGCCGCCGCCGACCUCCCUCAGAGUCAGUGUGUGUAAUGAACCGUGGUGUUCCAACCACUAUAUGUAUGACCAGUGCCAGCCCGCCCCCCACCUGAUUAUGCUGUAGUCUUGUGUGUGUAUGUAGAUGUGCGUCGCCAUGACGACGUGGACUCACGGGGGGUGGGGACGCCGGGCAGCGAGCUCUGCGUUAGACGUUCCGCCGGCAAACCUUUGUUGUCCCACCAUGUUUAGCUAUGUGCCCUGUAAUUGUGCCUUGUUAUAGUGCUAGUGACGUGCCUGUUUGUGUGUGUACGUGUGUGUCAGUGCUCUACAUAUGAUUCUUUUCUGACCUCCGUUGAACUGCUGUGAAAAGAGUAAUUAUACAGACUUUUUAUGUUGAUGUUCUUCCUCCUUCAAAUUCCCACUUAUGAGAAUCACCAGAUCUACCUAAUUCAUGGUUAAUUGUGGAAACCAAGCAGGACAUAGUGUUGUGCUUUCCUUGUACUGUGAUUGACACAUCGUAGUUGCCUUUUGCUAUGUUUGCACCAUUCCUAUUAGAAAAAUGUAGGGUGUGAGACUUUGCAUGCCCGAGGUUAUUGUGCAGAAGACAUGAUGCCGGCGGUAAUCGAACCGAGCAGGGAAGAACUUGAGCCUAUGACUAAAGUAACGCUGCUUCAAAUAUCAUACGGGGAAAGGGUGUAGUGCUCAAGUACCUCUACUGGUGUAUUUUCCUUUGUGUGUAUGAAUCAGUUCUAAAGGACAGUAAACCUUAAAGUGUGCAUUGAAACCUGGUGAAAUUAAGAGCAGCGCUCAUCUCUUUAUUUAUAGCAAAAUUAUCUUACGGUAUAUAAACGUAAUUCCGGCCAGGAUGACAUGGUCAAUACGAAGUCUGCAUGUUUUUUUUCUAAAGUUUCAUCGUCAGUUUUUCUUCUUACGAUGAGUGGCAAAAUCGCUCACAAAAUCCGAAGCAAAAAAAAAAAGAAAAAAAAAAAAGUCAAAGGAAUUUAAUGUUGCUUUCGACUUUUAAAUAGACUAUGUUUAUGCAAGGCUGGGUGCUCUUUUUCGGGUGUUAGGGAUGUUUUGGAUGGUACACUGUCGUCAUUAGAGUAAAAAUGCUUCCUUAAACAUGCUUUACAUGCAAUGUCAAGCGCCGUAGGUUUAAAGGCUGCGUUUUACUUUUCAAAUAAACGAACCACAUGGUGUAACAUCCAAUUUCAUCUCUUGGAGGGCGUGGCCUCCAAUUAUGGGUAGGUGUGGCCUUUCUCUCUCGGUGGCUUCGGUCGUCCGCUAAUUGCGGUGGAGCUUUGCUCCCUCGGUGAGCGUCACCUUCCAUCUUCAGGAGAUGUGACAUUCUUCUAUGACCGGGCUCGGCCUGCUACUCCUGAGUACAAGACCACCACCUAUCUGUCUCCUACACAUAUCACCUGUAUUCUGUACAUCUAUUUUAUCUUACGUGACUCUAUAGUAGCUUAGAUAACAUAUAUAUUAUAACAAAAUUGAUGUACUGUUAUUCUGUAAAUAGUCUUACAUGUUUGAGUUCAGGAUUUUCAAUGCUGUGUAACUGUAUUAAUAAGUAAAGUAGACUAAGGAAACUACAGACGUAGGCUGAAAGGACGACUAAAUAUACCCAGUGGUACAGUAUAGACAGGUUUUUAGCGGUACUAGCUGUACACAGACAUCUGCACUAUUUGCACCACCAGCCUGUCCAAUUGCUGUUCUACGAGUCACUGCCAUGAUAAAGCACACUCUGUGUAGACGUGUGACUAUAUACCUUGGGCUUUUUAUAGGAGCCAUUAGCAUAAAUCUGUAGUGCGAGAAGAAUGUACUGUAAAAUGUUACAUGACCAGGGAGAUACGGAUUUCAUUGGUACAUCAGCAAAGCUGGAUGCAGUAAAGGAUACAGCUGUUGUUUUUCAGAAGUCAGCUCAGAUUUUAGGUCCUUAACAUUACCCUGUAACCUCCCGGCUCCCACGUUUAGCGCUGGACAGAAUGUGUAUGUUAAGCGCAUGCUGGAAAUCGCGUAUGACGGAUGAACCAUCUGACCAACAAAGCUGAAACAUUCCGGCGUGCAACUGUUGUGAAAUUUACGGGCGGGACGUGAUCGAAACCAGCGAGCCGAGUUUGUCCAGAACAUGGUGAGCUAUCUGUGAGAAAAUAAUCUGGACA